UUUUUAUAAUGUUGCAAGCCUCUUCGGAAACGUGUGCGGUCAUGGUUAUAAAACUUUAAUAGUAAUUUUUUAAAAAUAAUUUCUGCUUUGUUUGCACUGUAUAAAGUAUAUUUUUUAAUUGCGGUCUUUAAAAAUGCAUUUUUUGCUCGUCCUGCGUUUCUUAGUAACCUUUUAAAUUGUGUUUCAAGCUGUCUGUACUCAUUUUAGUUUGACGUUAUUUCUAUGUCUUGUCUUCAUUCGUGCUCAGUAUUUCUCAAUUAAACUCGUGUUAAAAUAGACAGUUUUGCUGUCUGGAACUUUUGUUUUAGUUUUUCUGCUGUUUUCUAGUAAAUGUUUCGGAUAGUGUUCUGCGCAUGUGCGGAACCGAGUUUCUCUGCUUGCUGCAGAUUCUAGAGUUGAGACACGCUUUAGCUGGUAAGAUGGAUCCUGUUUGCUAGUGUAGUGGAAUUUGAAACGUUACUUUUAUAAGGUUUUAAACGCAUCUUGUUUUAUUAAAGUGAUUUGCAAGUAAGAGAGAGAGCAAGCGGUUCAUUUUGGCGGUAGAACAAGUAUAGUAGUUUAAGUUUAAUUUGGUAUUUAUUGUAAAAGGCGGGGAACCCAGCGAAAUGAAUUUAAAAAGGCACACCUGGCAGAUGCACUGCUAGCACUGAUUUCUUACAGGUGUGCAAGGACUGCUGCUAGCCACGAUGGACCCUUUAGAGAACAGUCUGUCAGAAAUGCCUGCUUAUGAAAACACAGAGGAUGAGCAGUUUCCACCUCUCCCACCCCCCCUCUCCCCCAGGGACGGGGACCCCUUCGCAACUGAUGACGAUCCUGGAGAGGUGUCAAAGCUUGAAGAAGCUCCAGUAGCCAAAAAGAGGUCUGUGAAGAGACCACAGCCAAAACUGGAUUCACAAAGGUUGAUUUCUGAAAGGGGACUUCCAGCACUCCGAACCAUGUUCAACAAUGUAAGAUUCAAAGGCAAAGGACAUGAGGCUGAAGACCUGAAGGUCCUCAUGCAGCACAUGGAACACUGGGCUCACAGACUGUACCCUAAACUACAGUUUGAGGACUUCAUUGAUAAGCUGGAGGUUUUAGGAAAUAAAAAAGAAGUUCAGACUUGCCUCAAACGAAUAAGACUGGAUAUGCCACUUACACAUGAAGACUUCAUGACUAAAGAUGAUGCAGUUGAGGACGAUGAGCUUAAUAGAUCAGCCCAUCUGUUUGAAGACUCUGAGCCCUUUUUCGGUGAAAAUCAAAGCGUGCCAGUGGUCCAGUCGACUCCCAGUGUCAGCAGCAGCCUGACGGAGGAGCAGAGGCAGCGAAUUGAGCGCAACAAGCAGCUGGCCUUGGAGAGACGUCUGGCCAAACUGCAGCAGGACAACAGCCAGUCGCUGAUCAGUAAUGAUGUUUCAGCUCAGCCUCCAGUUACACAGAGCACUCCUGCCAAACCCACAGAUCCAGACAAGCUGCAUAGUGAAUUGGAACUGGAGUCUCUUGACUUGGACACUGUGGUGGUGAAACACACUAACUCCACCUGUGAACAAGGCUGGGAGCUGAAGGAAGGAGCUGCUCCAGUAUGUGCAGAUUCUCUGAAGGAAGGAGCUGCCCCAGUAUGUGCAGAUUCUCUGAAUGAAGGAGCAGCCCUGGUAUGUGCAAAUUCUCUGAAGGAGUCUGCAAGCACUGAGGAGGUUUCUGCCUCUGUACCAGAAGACCAGCAGAAAGUAAAUGGUAUAGAGCAAGACGCUGACUGAUCUUCUUGUGUGUGGUUUAAAGUAAAAUGGACAUCUUGACAGCAAAGUUGCAAAGAAUUGUGUUUGACUGCCUUUUGUUACUUGGGCAGGUAUUGAUGUUAGAACAAUGUAUUGUUUCCAGGGAUUAAACAAGACAUAUUUUUCUUUUAAAUUGUAGAAAGUCUUGUUAUGACUGCCAAUUCAUUAUCAACCUUAGUGUUAUUUUUUUUUUAUAACAGAGCAGCUGUAUAAACGUGUUGGCUCAGUACAGAAUUACUGUUUUUAAAAGAAAAUGGUACUUUUAACAUUAGAAAACAAUCUGUACAAUAUCUUUAAGAAAAUAAAUAAAUAAAGAACUUCA